AUGGCUCAACUUCAACCAAUACAACGGGUCGCCACUAGUUACAAGUUCUACGACCUGAUUCGGAGAGAGCCGGUGGACCAGGUGUUCUUUCCCGGUGACACGUUCGUUUGGAGGCACCCCGACCACGCCAAUGUCACCCUUCGACUGGCCCGCAACCAGGCGAAUGGCUCUCUCGUCCGUCGCGGGCCGCUAGAGCAUUUCGUCUGGGAGCGCCAGCUGCUGGGGGGUGCGUGGGUGGAGCUGGGAGAGUCAAGCGGCCCAACCACGACUGAGGUGUUGUGUUUGGCUCUUCUUGGAAUACAUAAGACCUCGCGCCAGAUCCGUAAUGCGUGGGACCGCUUUGAAGUGUUUCGCCCAGGUGCAAAUCCCGCUUCCCUUGGAACGCUGAGCGACGUUCGACUUGAUUGGUGGGUGAGGCGAGUUGCCGCUCCCGCUGCCAUCGCAGCAGCGCCGCCACCACCACCACCACCGCUGCCGACAGCAGUGCAAAUAGCACCAUCAGCAGCUCCAGUCGUGGCUCCAAUAGUAGCACCUGCUUCUCUCCCGACACUGGCAGCACCACCACCACCGCCGCCACCAUCAGCUGUGUCAGCCCCUCCACCAGCCGCACCAGCAACUUCCGUGGCUUCAUCUUUCGACAUGAGCCUUAUCGACCCACGACUCCUCACAAACUAG